AUGACAACCCUCUCUGCACCUAAGCUCUUAUUCUUCCUCUUCUUAUUCAACUGCCACGUUUCCUUUUUCUCUUUCACUACAACCGCCGCAUACUCAAUCAGUGUCAACUAUGGAACCCUCACCGACAACUCCCAACUCCGACACAAGUGGCAAACUUUCUCAAAAGCAAAACAAACAUCGACUGGAUUAAGAUAUUCGACUCGAAUCCCGACAUCCUUAAAUCUUUCGUUGGCACGGGAAUCUUUGUUACCGUUACAGUCGGAAACGAUUGACAUCCCAUCCCUCGCUAAACUCCCAGGAGCUCAAGCUUGGAUCGAAAAGAACAUAUUGUCGUAUCACCCGAAAACAGUCAUCAGAUACAUCACCUUCGGGAAUGAAAUCAUGGCUACGUCAGAUAAAACCCUCAUUGUUCACCUUUUGCCCGCCAUGAAAGCGCUCACAUCUGCUCUCGAUUCGGCUAACGCUUCCAGUAUCAAAGUCUCGACAUCGUAUCCACUUGGGAUCUUGUUCACGUUGGAGCAGCCAAGUUCGGGGAAGUUCCGCAAAGGAUACGACAAGCUUAUAUUCGCUCCGAUUUUGGAGUUCCACAAGCAAACAAAAUCGCCUUUCAUGGUAAUAUUAGUAUUCAAAAAAGAAAUUCCCAAAGGAAUCAAAAUGUCAGAUAUCCAUGGAUGUUAG